AUGACUCCAUUAUCAAAGAAAACUAUGCAACAUUUCACCCAUAGCCAUCCAUUAACAGAAGUUUACGCCGACACAGAGUUCCUCUGCGAUGGUUGCAGGACUCUAGGUAUUGGCACAAGGUAUCGAUGUGAAUCCUGCCAUUUUGAUCUCCAUGAUCACUGUGCCACCUGCCCUUCGGAGCUCUCUUCUUUUAUGCACGAACAUGAUCUCAAACUCGUCGUUUUCAGGCCACAGGCUGCGUGCCAGAACGGGCGUUUCUGUGACUUGUGCGGCGACCCUAUCGAAGGGAUUUUCUAUCACUGCAAGCUAUGCGAAUUCGAUGUGCACCCUCUUUGUACCCAAUUGCCUGAAUAUGUACGGCACGUGAUGCAUAAGGAUCAUCCUUUGAGGCUGCAACGAUCUGUGCCUGGUUGGUGCAUGGUCUGCAAAGACACAUGCCCGUCUUGGCAUUAUAGAUGUGGGCUUUGCUGUUUUGAUAUUCACUUUGAGUGUGUCUUAGCACCUUGUGAGGUGGCGGAGACGUCAACGCCAACGCCUCCAUCUUUGAAAAGACCAGUUCCACCACCACCAUCACCAUCAGCUUCGCCUUCUUUUGAUGCUUGUUAUGCUUAUGGCUCUGGGGCCAUACCACCACCUCCUUAUUUUGCUUAUGGUUACGGAGUCCCUCUUGCACCCCCGUAUUUUGGUCCUCAUCCUCAUGGCUAUGGAAUCCCCUCUAGCUCGGGCGGGUAUAACGUCAAUAGCCAUCCGCAUGGUAACAGUCAAGGUCACGGUGUCUAUGGGGCCAUACCACCACCUCCUUAUUUUGAGUAUGGUUACGGAGUCCCUCUUGCACCACCGUAUUUUGGUCCUCAUCCUCAUGGCUAUGGAAUCCCUCCUAGCUCGGGCAGGUAUAACGUCAAUAGCCAUCCGCAUAGUGACAGUCAAGGUCACGGAGGUUGGGGAAAAUUUCGAUAGAGAAUGUACGCAAUUGCUGGGAACCUAACUCUCGGAGUACUUAGUAACGUGGUGUUUGGAACCUGCGUUUCAAGCUAAUAAGAGCAUUGGAGUUUCAGUUGCAU